UCCGAAAUUUUAUAUUCAUAAAUUAUUUGUAAAUAAGAUGGAGGGAGUACGCGGAGGCUCUGCGGCUCUAUCAAGCGAAAGGCGGGAAACAAAGGAGCAGCGGCGACCAGAAGUUGAAAAUCCCUCCGCUGUCACACGUGUACCCGAUCCCGCAGCCGCCGACGCAGCUGGCAAUAGCAGUGGGAGCAGAAUUGCCGCCUCCUCCUCUCCUUCUCCUCCUAAUGUCUUGGAAUCCUUGUCACGAGAGGCGCGCUUCACUUGGGCGGCCUUUCAUGCUGGUGUUGUUGGCGGAGCUGAGCUCUGUCGGAACGCAUUUGAGACUAUCGCGGACUCUGUGGGUCAGCGGGGGUGGCGGCGAUCAGAUCGGGAUCCUCAUCAUCAACGUCAUCAAUCAGGUCCGUUGAUCUCGGCAAAGCGACGGACAGGAUCAGGUGCAGCAUUCCUGGACCAACGGGUUGGACCAGGUCCAGCAGAUUCGGACCGGUCGUGUCGACUAACCCCCAGGCGGAGGGCUGAAGCUGGGCGGAGGAAGGAGGAGGAGGAGGAGGAGGAGGAGCAAGAGGAGCAAGAGGAGGAGGUACGUCGUGAGGCGGGGGGCAGUCGUCGCUCCUCAAGUGAUAGCUUGGCGGGAAAGCUUGGCGGGAAAACUUGGCGGGAAAGUUUGGCGGGAAAGCUGUGUAUUGUGACUGGUGGAACGGAGGGAAUCGGAUUGAUGACGUGUAAGGAGCUUGUCCGACGUGGCGCCCACGUGAUCGUUGCCAGCAGGUCUGCCACUGACAAGGAGGGCGAGAUCCGUAAGGAGGUGUUAACGAGUGAUGAGAGAGGGGCAAAGGACGCAGAGGGAGAAGGAGAAAGAGGAGGAGGGAGUGGAGGAGUAGAAGGACGUGUGGAGUUUAUGCGUUUGGAUUUGUCUUCGUUCCGAAGUGUCCUUGAAUUCUCGGAGAAAGUUCGCUCACGUGGUGUUCCCGUUGAUAUCCUUGUUAAUAAUGCCGGCGUUAUGACCCCUCCUAAACGGACUGUAACGGAAGACGGAUUCGAGAUCCAGCUUCAGGUUAAUUACCUUGGGCAUUGUCUGCUGACUCAGCAGUUGUUGAUUGAUUUCUGUUGUCGUCGACAACAAAACGAUCGGUCUUCCCUUGGCGAGGGCAUCACAUCGAUCCCGACGCAGCUUUCAUCUCUUGCUGAUGCUGACGUGGCUGAUGCUGACGUGGCAGGUAGCUGUAGUAGUAGUAGUAAUAAGGACGGUAGUAACGAUAAUGUCACGGGGGCAUCUACUUUUGGUUUUCCCGCCAGUUCCGUCCCUCAGCCGCUUUUUUCUCCCGCCAGAAAAUUGUUUUCUCCCGCCAAAUUGCGCGUGAUCAACAUGUCGUCAAGCACUCAUCAUAGCGGCAAUAUCCAUUUCGCCGACCUGAACUUUCGGCGGAAGUAUCACGCCUUCCACGCGUACACGCAGUCGAAGCUGGCCAUCGAUCUGUGGACCAAGGAGCUGCACCGCAGGUAUCGGGAUCGGGGCGUCACUGCGGUGUGUGUUCAUCCCGGCCUCGUGGACACGGCCCUCGCUCGGGGGUAUUUCGGAAACUUGGCACCUUGGCCCUUAUCGGGUUGGCUGGGACCGCUCUAUCCCAUAUUUCUGAAGACGUCAACACAAGCGCUGGAGACCGUGAUGUACGCAAUCACGGCUCCUCCAGAGGAGAUUGGAGGUGCUUACGUGGCAGAUGCACGUGUAAGCCAGUGCGGACGGAUCUGCCACGACGCCAAGCUGGCGACAAAGCUAUGGGAUGCUGCCUGUGCUGCUGCUCGUCGCUGUGUUGCUGCUUGUCGUUGUCAUCUUCCACAUCUGCUUCCUCAGGCGCGUUCCUGGAAGGAAAGUGACGCCGCGAACGUCGAAGAAGGCGAGGAAGAUGGACAACCUUCAGACGAAGACCACACUGUCGGUAGGGGCGAGGGGAUCUCACGUCAGCGUUGCACCGGUGUGGAAAGUGGCAGGCGGCCGUACCCCCCGAUGCUGUACAACCACCUACCGUCCCAUGAGAUUCCAUUGCCUCCAAGUGACGACGACGGCAGCGACCCUCGAUCCUCAACGGUUCCUCUGGGGAGCGGUUGGACGCAGGAUUGGAUGGGGAGCCAGCUGUACAGACAGGCAACGACACCGACGUACACUGAUCUGCUGGAGAGACGGACCUCGGCUGGCUAUGACGCAGGACUCGUCGGUCUGAGCUUCGGUCUGAGGUCUGGGAGUGGUCAGGACGUGGCGCCCACCGUUGUCGUGAACCCAGCUUCAGGCAGCAACCACACACUGCCUUUAGUGAGGGCGGGGGGCCUUUCGGAUAACCGUGGUGGGUGUUAUCGUGAGUUGGCCGACGAACGCAGAUUCGUAUCGCCAAAGCGUGGGUCGGUGAGCAGUGCAGGUGUAGCCGCUUCAAGGACGAAGACAGCGGGAUUGGCGGCCUGUCGAUCGACGACGCCUCCCGAUGCAAUCGACGGACGAGGGGACAACGAUGAUUGCUCCGCUACAGAGGUCAUGGGUCGACGGGUUUGGGAUGAUCAUCGGCAGGACUGGGUAUGCCUACAAUCUCGCACAGGGGAAAAGUCAGGUACUAUGCAAAGUUGAACGGGGUCCGAAUAGAGAUGCAAGCUGGGCACUGGGACUGGGUGUAGCGGAUAUUCCCAUCCUUAAGUGAGUGCUAGUGUGAGUAUGAUGUGAGUGAGGCAGUUAGUUGCCUCGCGUGGAAUACGCCCUGCCUCUCUGGCAGUGCAUGAAAAGGACACCACUACAGGAAAAACAAAAACAAAACCAUCAG